CUCUGAGUCGAAUCUUCCGGCGCCAAGUCUGCUCCUCCGGAUCACUCUCCCAUCCAGCCUGCUGGAAACUCCUGGAACUCUAGGGGGUCCUUGUCCGCCUUGGCUCACUCGCGAUCCGACGGCGCUUCUACUCGGGUGGCCUGGGUGACGCCUUGGGGAGAUGAGGGGAGGAGGUCCGUAGCCGCGGCCACUAGCAGCAGCUGCGCCAGUGUCUAGCCUUGACUCCCAGCGGCUGAGAGCACUGAAGACUGUGGCUCCAGGGGACCAUGGGUUUGCGGGAGCUGCGAAGAGAAGGAUGACCCGCCUCCAGCCACGCGAACCUAGCUCCCGCCACCGCGGCAGUUUGUUCCCGCCGGGCCGGGGUGCGGAGGACCUCUGCCCGCCCCCUUCCUCCCCGCCCCACCCUGCCCAGGGAGCUCCGCCCCGGGCCCACGGUUCUUCCGCCUUAGGCGGCCACCAGGCGGGAGGGACUAAUCUCCCGAAGUCCCACUUCUGUCUCUAGGGGCCCAGGGGCCAAGAUUCGACUGGGUAACGGGUGGCAUCAUCUUUUUCCUCCUGUGCUCUGCUUACUGGUCCCGGGGCAGCACCGGUUGGGUGCGCCCUGCAGGGUGAGAGUCGUAAAGUCUCAACACCAGAGGGCGCUGAGGAGCUGCGGGGGGGGCACCCCUCCCUGUCCGCCUCGGUCCUCCCCCCCUCCCCGCCCGCGCGCAAAACACACUAGUCCGAGAGGCAGCGCGGCGGAGCGGGAGCCGCGGCCCGAGCGGAGCCGGAGAGCGGCGACGGCGGCGGCGGCGGCGGCACCAUGACCCUGGGCAGCUGCUGUUGCGAGAUCAUGUCCUCCGAGAGCUCCCCGGCCGCGCUGUCCGAGCCCGACGCAGACAUAGACGUGGUGGGCGGCGGCAGCGGUGGGGGGGAGCUCACAGCCCGCUCCGGGCCCCGCGCCCCCCGGGACGUGCUCCCGCACGGCCACGAGCCUCCCCCGGAGGAAGCCGAGGCGGACGUAGCCGAGGACGAAGAGGAGUCGGGAGGUUGUUCGGACUGCGAGCCCCGCGCUCUAGCGCCCCGGGGGGCGGCGGCUGCAGCGGGAAGCCCGGGGCCCGGUGUGCAGGCAGCUCGGGGCGCAGCGGGGCCAGGGCCGGGACCCGGGCCGCCGUCGGGGGGCGCGGCGUCGCGGAGCCCGUUAGUGAAACCACCGUAUUCGUACAUCGCGCUCAUCACUAUGGCCAUCCUGCAGAGCCCCAAGAAACGCCUGACGCUGAGCGAGAUCUGCGAGUUCAUCAGCGGCCGCUUCCCCUACUACCGGGAGAAGUUCCCUGCUUGGCAGAACAGCAUCCGCCACAACCUCUCCCUCAACGACUGCUUCGUUAAGAUCCCCCGCGAGCCAGGCAACCCGGGCAAGGGCAACUACUGGACACUCGACCCGGAGUCGGCCGACAUGUUCGACAACGGCAGCUUCCUGAGGCGCCGCAAGCGCUUCAAGCGGCAGCCGCUGCCGCCGCCGCAUCCACACCAGCAUCCUCACACGGAGCUGCUACUGCGUGGCGGGGCUGCCGCGGCCGGGGACCCUGGCGCCUUCCUCCCGGGUUUCGCCGCUUAUGGCGCCUACGGCUAUGGCUACGGGCUGGCACUCCCAGCCUACGGCGCACCCCCACCGGGGCCGGCCCCACACCCGCAUCCACACCCGCACGCCUUCGCCUUUGCUGCCACCGCGCCUUGCCAGCUGUCAGUUCCCCCGGGCCGCGCCGCUGCUCCUCCACCCGGACCUCCGACGGCCUCGGUGUUCGCCGGCACGGCUUCGGCGCCGGCCCCUGCUCCUGCCCCGGGACCUGGCCCAGGCCAUGCAGGGCUGCCAGCCUUCCUAGGCGCAGAGCUGGGCUGCGCCAAGGCUUUCUACCCCGCGUCCCUGAGUCCUCCCGCAGCUGGUACAGCAGCCAGCCUGUCCACUGCACUCCUGCGCCAGGGCCUCAAGACUGACGCCAGCGGUGGUGCGGGUGGCGGGGGUGCAGGGGCAGGCCAGAGGCCUUCCUUCUCUAUAGACCACAUCAUGGGCCACGGUGGUGGCGGUGCCGCUCCACCGGGCAGCGGUGACGGUUCCCCGGGAUCACCAUUCACGGCAGCCGCGGGUCCUGGGAGUCAAGCCCAAGUCUUGGCCAUGCUAACUGCCCCGGCCCUGGCUCCUGUGGCGGGCCAUAUCCGCCUCUCUCACCCGGGGGACGCGCUCCUGUCUUCAGGGUCCUCGUUUGCCAGCAAAGUCGCCGGCCUCAGUGGCUGCCACUUUUGACCGCAGCGGGCUCGGGGUCAGUUAGGCCCUCACUCCUUAACCUCUCUGGGGAGCUCGGCGGGUCCCAGCGGAAUUCAGGGAGUCUAUUUAUGAAGAGUCUCCAGACCUAGGCCGGCGCGCGUGAUCGGGCACAUCAAGCUCCACGCUCAGAAUGUCACGGACAGUUGGGACGAAGCGGGCUCAUCGGCUCUGGGCGAGGUUCGGGUCUAAGCAAUAGGCUGGAAGCGGAGAUCCCUUUUAUGUUGGAGCAGCAAAAUAAGGGAGCAGGAACCUUCGCUUUUCCUCGCCUUUGCGUCUCUCACAGUCGGAGAAGAAGGCUUGGCAGAGAUACGCCUGUUGGUCUGUGGAUCCCGCCAGAAACACCUAUGGCUUGAAAAGUCCCCUGCCCCUCAUUCCUUCCUCAACUUUGAGACCCUGCUUAUCAUCCAAUAUUAUAAUUUAAAGACUUCUGUUAUCUGCUUGGGCUUAAGAGAAAAAUUCAAUUUUUUUUGUUCCUUUCGCUGUUCUUCAAGGAAGCGGGUUUUCUCCAAGCAUAAGGCAGUAUCUACACAGUCGGGAAGCUAAGAGGAAAAGUGAAACGGGGCGGGGGGAGGGUGUCUCCACAAUCCUCGAGUAAGCCGCAGAGUCCAUUCCCCUGCCCCCGAAGAAAAUGGUUUUUUCCCCCUCUGGUGUUUGGUUGCUUUUUAAGGAGCUCCCUCUGGCCUUUCCCAUGGUCCAUAGGUCCAGCAAUCCAGGGCUAGCAGCCCACUUGGCCGUCUGCUCUGCCCCAGACCCUGUGAUAUUUAUUGUAGUUAAAGGCAAUGAAUUUGGGUGGGAGAAGAGGGUCUGGAGAGGUGGGAAUUGGGUGGGCAAGGGCACAGAGCUAUGGCAGGGGGUCCUAGAGUUAUGUGUAAAUAUCUGUACAGUGGGCCGCCCCCUGCAUUCUCUGUCCACUGGUGUGCAUUGAUUUAGACUUCUCCACUUAGUGGAGAGACUCUGUGAAAUCGUCUGAUGGUCUGUGUGGAAGAAACGAAAACUGUCUCCUCCA